UGUCAGAAAGGCAACUUCACCAUAUUUAGCUGGUUCGCCGAAGCCCCGCAGAGUUGAUCUGUCAACCAGGCUGAAAAUCCGAACACUUAUCUGCGGAUAGAGCACGGAGUUGACAGCUGGACUGACGCGCACUGAUACAAACUACAGGGGCCGGCGUCGUCGGGAUAUGCCGCGCGGGGAACGGGGCCGUGUCAUCGGCUGUUUUUCAACGCGAUAAAAGUAGAGCCGUCGUCUGUCAGAAUUCCUACUGUCCAACAGCACAGCUAGCCAGCCAGCUAGUUAGCCUCAUCACCGCUGCUACCACCGACACUCGUCCGUUCCGUCGAUACGAAUUUAUGUCGUCUCUGUUACUGUUCGGCUUUCGUUAGUAAUUUAUUCGAAGCCUUUCACCCCGCUGGGAUGAUAUCCUGACAGCACCUCUCGGCCGUUCCAGACACUUUCCAAACCCUGGCUAGCGGGCUAAUUUGGCUAGCUAGCAGGCUCCCAGUGCCCCAGCGUCGCGUUGAGCAGCCAGUAGCUUUCGCCGUGGCAGUGAAAUCCGAUUGGAUACGUUGAGUGUGUGUGAAACGGCGGACACCGGGACGCCGAAGACCCCGGCCGGCGACACGACCGUACCAAAGGGCCCCUUUUGACCGUACGCAAGCGAGGAAAAGAAGCGGAGUAGGAGGAGGAGGAGGGGGGCUAGCUGAGAGCAGCUGCACAGCCGAAGGAGACACCGGAUUGAACGGAGGAAGAGUCCCAGACGUUUGACAACUGUGAUCCGGGAAGUGAACCGGGCUGGGACCUCAUGAAUGGAAAUCGGAACUACAGGAGCCGUUGGGGCCCAGUCCCUGUUCUCCAUGCCACGGCGGCCUGGCUAUGGCACCAUGGGGAAGCCCAUCAAGCUGCUGGCCAACUGCUUCCAGGUGGAGAUCCCCAAGAUGGAUGUCUACCUCUACGAAGUGGACAUCAAGCCUGACAAAUGCCCCCGGCGAGUCAACAGGGAGGUGGUGGACUCCAUGGUGCAGCACUUCAAGGUGACAAUCUUUGGGGAUCGCAGGCCGGUCUACGAUGGAAAGAAGAGCCUGUACACAGCCAACCCACUGCCUGUAGCACCAACAGGGGUGGACCUAGACGUUACUUUACCAGGUGAGGGAGGCAAAGACCGCCCCUUUAAGGUUUCCAUCAAGUUUGUGUCUUUAGUCAGCUGGCACAUGCUCCAUGAGGUGCUGACUGGUCGCAGCAUGCCCGAGCCCCUGGAACUGGACAAACCCAUCAGCACCAACCCUGUCCAUGCUGUGGAUGUAGUACUGCGACACCUGCCCUCCAUGAAGUACACUCCUGUGGGUCGUUCCUUCUUCUCUGCUCCAGAGGGCUAUGACCAUCCGCUAGGUGGGGGCAGGGAGGUUUGGUUCGGCUUCCACCAAUCUGUGCGCCCCGCCAUGUGGAAGAUGAUGCUUAAUAUUGAUGUGUCUGCCACCGCUUUCUACAAGGCCCAGCCAGUCAUCCAGUUUAUGUGUGAAGUGCUGGACAUCCACAACAUAGACGAGCAGCCACGCCCUCUCACAGACUCACACCGGGUCAAGUUCACCAAAGAAAUCAAAGGUUUGAAGGUAGAGGUGACGCACUGUGGAACCAUGCGGAGGAAGUACCGUGUCUGCAACGUGACCCGUCGGCCUGCCAGCCAUCAAACGUUCCCUCUACAACUAGAGAACGGUCAGACUGUAGAGCGCACUGUAGCCCAGUACUUCAGAGAGAAGUACAACCUGCAGCUCAAGUAUCCACAUUUGCCCUGUCUACAAGUGGGCCAGGAGCAAAAGCACACCUACUUACCCUUGGAGGUGUGUAACAUUGUAGCAGGUCAACGGUGCAUCAAGAAGCUGACGGAUAAUCAGACCUCCACUAUGAUCAAAGCCACAGCUCGCUCUGCACCUGACAGGCAGGAGGAGAUCAGCAGGCUGGUGCGCAGUGCCAACUAUGAGGCCGACCCUUUUGUGCAGGAAUUCCAGUUCAAGGUGCGCGACGAGAUGGCCCACGUGACGGGGCGAGUGCUACCCGCCCCAAUGCUGCAAUACGGCGGCAGGGUGAGCACAGAGCACUUUAUGAACCGCACCGUAGCCACGCCCAGCCACGGGGUGUGGGACAUGAGGGGGAAGCAGUUCCACACAGGAGUGGAGAUUAAAAUGUGGGCCAUCGCCUGCUUCGCCACACAGAGGCAGUGUCGGGAAGAAAUCCUCAAGGGUUUCACGGACCAGCUGCGUAAGAUCUCUAAGGAUGCUGGGAUGCCCAUCCAAGGCCAGCCAUGUUUCUGUAAAUACGCCCAGGGAGCUGACAGCGUGGAACCCAUGUUCAGACACCUGAAGAACACGUAUGCUGGACUGCAACUCAUCAUUGUCAUCCUGCCAGGAAAAACCCCUGUCUAUGCGGAGGUGAAGCGAGUGGGAGACACCCUCCUCGGCAUGGCCACACAGUGUGUUCAGGUGAAGAAUGUGGUGAAGACGUCGCCUCAGACCCUCUCUAACCUCUGCCUCAAGAUCAAUGUCAAGCUAGGAGGCAUCAACAACAUCCUGGUGCCUCAUCAACGCCCAUCAGUGUUUCAGCAGCCAGUUAUCUUCUUGGGAGCAGAUGUUACGCAUCCGCCUGCCGGAGAUGGAAAGAAGCCUUCAAUAGCAGCAGUGGUCGGAAGUAUGGAUGCCCACCCCAGCAGGUACUGCGCCACUGUGCGGGUACAGAGGCCACGGCAAGAGGUUAUUCAGGACCUGGCCUCCAUGGUGCGGGAACUGCUCAUCCAGUUCUACAAGUCGACCCGCUACAAGCCCACCAGAAUCAUCUUCUACAGGGAUGGUGUUUCAGAAGGCCAGUUCAGACAGGUGCUGUAUUAUGAGCUGCUGGCUAUCCGUGAGGCCUGUAUCAGCCUGGAGAAGGAGUACCAACCAGGCAUCACUUACAUUGUUGUGCAAAAACGCCACCAUACACGCCUCUUCUGUGCCGACCGCAACGAGAGAGUUGGACGUAGUGGAAACAUUCCUGCUGGUACUACUGUGGACACGGACAUCACGCAUCCUUAUGAGUUUGACUUUUACCUCUGCAGUCACGCUGGAAUACAGGGCACCAGUCGGCCCUCCCACUACCAUGUUCUGUGGGACGAUAAUUGUUUUACCGCUGACGAGUUCCAGCUGCUAACCUACCAGUUGUGCCACACCUACGUGCGCUGUACCCGCUCCGUGUCCAUCCCUGCGCCAGCCUACUAUGCCCACCUCGUGGCCUUCCGUGCCCGCUACCACCUGGUGGACAAAGAACAUGACAGCGCUGAGGGCAGCCAUGUGUCCGGUCAGAGCAACGGCCGGGACCCCCAGGCGCUGGCCAAAGCCGUUCAGAUCCACCACGACACCCUGAGGACCAUGUACUUCGCCUGAGCUACACCAACCUUACCCCCCUAAAACAUUGCCACCCAUGAAUUGAAACACACUCACACACACACAUACAUACAAAGACACACAACCAUGCACGCCUGGCUCGCCAGUGAAGGAGUUCUCAUAGGUGCAAGUCCCACCCCCCCACACCUAGUCAAUCCGGACCUGACACUGUGCAGAGGAAAGCAGGGAGGAGGGAGGGGAGGAGGCACCCCGACACUGGACUGAGGAUGCAAACGCUGCUUUAAACAAAAACAAGAGAGAAACUCAGCACUAUUAUGCAAUAUUAAACCAGCCAACUAGUUUGUUUUGACCCUUAUCAGGCCCCCUCUUUAGUGCCCCUCCUAUCUGUUUUCCUGUCUGUUUGUGGCCUAGUGGCAUUUGUUUUGUUUUUUUGUUGUUUUUUUUUGUUACUUUUUCCUUCAUAUUGCCUAUACUGCAGUUUGGCACAGUCUUUGUUUUUAGUCUAAUCUGCUCCAUUGCCAUCUACAGUACCUCAAGUCAGUUUGAGCAGCCGCACUUUUACUUCCUGUCAGUUGUACAUAAGUUAUUUGUCGUCCCUCCCCCCCUCAAAGACGGAGCAGAGAAGGAAGCGUCCGAAUCUGUUUAGUGGUGUUUUAUUUCACUCUAUAUUACUCCUUUAGCUGCCACUUUAUUUCACCCCUAGUUUUUAUUUCCCCCUCCUUUGCCUCUCUUUUCUUCUCUAAUGCUGUCUUUUUUUUUUUCAGUAGUGUUUAUUGUCGUUGCCAGAUACUUGUAUGAGUUUAGUUCUUUUGAGCACACCGCCACCUAUCGGCGACGAGGUAUAUCGCCCCCCCAAACGUCUCAACAAGCACUUGUAGUCUUGUAAGGUUUCAGAUCAGUUUGAGUUUUAACAGGAAAAACAUUUUUAAACAGGGGGCACAGUUUUUCUAUCGGCUGAUAUAUCAGUUGCAGCCUUUUUGGCUAUUAUUUAAAGUAUAACACUGUUGAUUCUGGUUGUUUGUUUUAUUCUGGUUAUUAUAUUUCCUUUUACAUUAUGUGAAACAUUUUAUGAUUCUAACUUUUUUUUUUUUUAAACCAUUUACUCUUUUAAGCUUAGAUUUUUAAUCUUAGUAACUGUCAUGGCUUCGUUUCCUUCAGUGCUUUAACUCACAUUACCCUCUCUUGAGAAUGAGACGGUGCGUGAAUAGUCGGUGGGUUUUCCUUUAGUGCAAUAAUCACCUGAAUGAAGGGACAAGGAUUUUAGGGGACUUAAAAGAACGGUUAAACAUUUCAUUUCAGUGUCCUCAAAAGGUUAAAAAAAAAAGUCUGCCACUUGCGAGACAUUUUUCUGUAUUUCUCCUUUGUGAGACAAUUGAUCAGCAUGUUUUAUAAGUUUGCCUUUGCUUUUGGGCAAAAAUGGCGCAAGUUCAUUUUGGUGAUUUAUCGUUAUCAUUUUUUUUUUUUUUUUUUUUUUACUUGAAUUGAAAGAUUUGUUGCGCCUCUGUGGUUUGAGAAUACUUCAUGAACAGGCAUUAAAGAGAGAAAUCUUUGGUUUGCUUACGAGGCAGAUUUUUGGAGAACAAAUCUCUUUGACUGAACCGAUGGAAGUGUAGUGGAGUGUAAAGGCCAUACGGAGGAGUUAUUUAAGUGCCUGGUGGAAGUUAUGCAUGUAAUGGAUAAGAUUGGAAAAAAACCCUGAAAUGAAUAGGCAGCAUAGAGUUCGAAGCAGAUUUCACCUGAUGCCUCGUCUUGUUCUCAAGAACCGCCUUCUGACUUUUCUAUACAUCUCAGUCAGAUAAAGUCCAGAUGGAUAUAUUUAUCACCUGUGCAGCCAGUGUUAGCUGUCGGCUUUACUGAGGAACAGCAUUCAAAUCAAGCACGCCAAGUUGUCUUUAGCUUAAUCUUCAGACAUGAAUCCAGCUGCUACAGUGUGUGUCAGCCUCAUCAUAAACCUGUUUUUUUUUUUAAUGAUAUUGAACUGAUAUCCUUAGUCCAGGACUGGGUUUAUCCCCUUGUCCAUAUCACCAACCCAAAGUAACGGUUGAGUCUAACUUCAGAACAAAGCUGAGGAGUCGUGUCUGACUAACUAGCGUCCGCAGCAGCUGCUUCUCGUAGUACGUUAAAACCUCGGCGCCGCUGAUGACCCGAAGCUCAUCUUGCGGAGGCCGAUUAUAAAAUGUUAUCUGCACUAAAAUGAGAAAAAAAAUAAGCAUGUGUUUCACGACUGAACACAGGCGUGGUGCUACUUUUGUCUGAAUCUGAACCUCUGUGAGACUCUGAGCAGGCGAUUAGGAGAGAAGACGAACAGGAAACCUCACUCGCUAAGCAUCAUGGGAGGAGCAGAGCGGAGAGAGAAAGAAAGAGGCUCUGGAUGUAGGAUUCCAGUCCGGGUGGUUUCGAUCCUGUAUACGGUACAGAGACCGUCGGGUGUGACGCCAGGUCCUGUCUCCGCUGUGGAGUUCGACUACCUUUCAGUGGGUUUGAGCCUUCAUGAUUUCACUAGUGUCUGAAAAAGCCUUUUUAAAAGUCAGAUUGAAAGUAUAUUUGUACAUUUUAAAUUAUGUGAUGCACACCACUUAUUUUUGCUAACAGAAAAAAACGUAGUCUAAUAAUUAUUAUUAUUAUUAUUAUUAUUAUUAUUAUUAAUCUUAGAACUAAAUGUAUCCUGAAAAGUAAUAGUAAAAAAAAAAAAAAAAAAAAGAUGAUUACAAAGUUUUAUUACUGCAAUAGACUGUUGCUGUGUUCCUGUGUCACUGUAGAACAUACGGUAUCUGUGUGAACAGUGGUGGGGUUGUGGAAACUAGUGACGUGUGUUUGGACUGUCAGACUGUUUACUGACAGGGAUGUGGACUUAUUUGCCUCUUGCUUUCAUAUAUUUGGAGAUGCCGAACACUUGUUGCUCUCAUUGUUGUCUCUGUAUUUCGUUAUAAAGCGGAAUGCGUCCUACAGAUGGAAUAUGGAAGUCCGUUUGAGCCAGUGAUUUAACAAAAAAAAAAAAAAAAA